AUGGAAGUCGGAGCAGCUACAUUCAUGAGCGAUCAGCCUGGCAUCUCCGGGGCGGGUGCGCAGAAACCAAAGAAGAAACGAAUUAGGAAUUGGACGGUGGAGGACCAGACUGUCAACUGUGAGUUUGAGCAGUCACGCCGCGAGGCUUUCAGCAAGCGCUUGAUGGGCAGUUGCCUAAUCACACUGAGUAGCACUUGGUGCUAA